AACAGGCAUGUGCACGUCAUUCCAGUGUAUAAAAGGACCCGCUCAGAGAGACCUGCACAGUUGACUAUUUUACCUUCACAUUUUCCUGACUUGCAAUCUACUGAUCUCUGUUUAAGAAUCAUGUCUGGAGUCAAGGGAGGACAACAUCAAAAAUGCAAAGAACCAUGCCCAGAGCCGUGCCCUCCCCCCCAGCAAUGCCAUGAGCGUAAGUAUCACCCAAUUCUUGCAUUUGUUAGAUACAUCUCUUUUGAUUUUGGCUUAUUACACAUUAAUAUUUUAAUAGUGCAUUUCAAUUAUUGAAUGAGCCUCAUUUGUCUGGAUUUUUUACUUUCUGUAAUAUAUGGAUAUAUGGAAAGGCAGAGCCUCUAGUUGUGGGAGGGGUUACCCAGCCUAUAAAUCCAGAGACCACCCCUUCCACCUGUUCAGCCCACCCACCACUCCCUUUAUUAAUCAUUCAAGUAGUGGGCCCUCUUUUACAGGUCUACCGUAACGUCGGUUUCGGCACACCACAACCGACUUGUAACACCACUAUACGUGGUGGUACUUGACUCGACUUAUUGUCCCCGACUACAACUUAUCAUUUAUACAUUAUAUCAUAUUAUGUUUACUUACCCCAUAUAUUUAAUAAUGUGUGAAAAGUAAAUUAACACAGUUAUUCACUAAAGUGAGAAUUGAAAGUGAAUUUUUAAUUUGAGGUAAAUAUAGCUGUUUUUUGCUAAUUCUCUAAAUCACCUAUGCUCCCAAAUCGGCUAAUCUGGCCUUGAAUUUGAAAUUCUCUAAGAAUUCACUUUGAAUUCUCACUUUAGUUAACAAUCCUUUAAAUAUAGAAACAUUUGCAUUUAUUUAAAUCUUAGAACUGAGCAUGGCCAUCUUAGCAUCCUGUCAAUCAUCCAUAUAAAUGUUGCACUUUUUUUACCACUGAACAUAGUGGAACAUCUGUUUUUGGAUGAGUCCCCAUGAAAUAUGAGUCCCCGUGACACUACCUGAGGGUGUCAACCAGCUAAUGUCAAAAGUGACAGCAUGAGAGGGAUUCCCUAUGCCUACAAAGUGUAAAAAAAAAAUUCUCUAUGCCUACAAAGUGCUGUCUAAAUAUAAUAUAAAUAUUUGGAUAUUGAUUGUGCAUAUUCAAAUUUGUUUUCCAUGGAAUUUUCCAUGGUAUUUUUUCCAAGUAUUUCUAAACAUGCAUUGUGUAUUACAAAAUGCAAUGACCAACUAUUUGUAGGUAUUUUCACAGUAUUUUAAUAUGUUGACUUAAUUGUACGAUCAUUAUUAUUAGUAUAUUUUAAAUUGAAUAAAUCCAUUAAAUGUACAAAAUAAACGUAUCACUUAAGUUUUUACAUUUGUUGCAAAUCUUUGCAAUUAUAAGAAAGAAUGACUUCCUAUACAUAUAUAUUUUAAUCUCAUAGUGCUCUAAUUAAUACACGGGUGCCCAAAAGGUAGAUCCUCAGAUCCCCAGAUAUUGUAGAACUACAACUACCAUGAUGCUUUGCAUGGUUUUAUAAUGCCUUUAGAGUGACAAAGCAGCAUGGAAGAUGUAGUUUUAAAACAUGUGGGGCUCUACCUUUUGGGCACCCCUGUUCUAAUACAUUGAAGAACAAGUGAUUAACUUAAAUUAUGGUUUGUUUUUUCCAGCUUGCAAACCUGUGUGCCCCAAACCAGUGCCCCAAACCCAAUGCCCACCUCCUCAAGGUAAAGUAUUGUAAUUAUUAUAAUUAUAUUGUAACUAAAUAUAACCUUAUCAUAUGUAUUAUUGCAAAAACCAUCUACUUUCUGAAGCCCCUUAUAGGGGCACUAAAGUCACCCAGGCCAUUUCAUCUCAAUGAAGUGGUGUGGAUGCAAUGAUCCUGUCCUUUUAACCUUACGAUGUAAAACAUUGCAUUUUUUUUUUUUUUAAAGCAAUGUUUUCCUACAAUAAUUGGGGAAUAGUGGAGGAGGUCAUAUCUUUGUAUGGGCUGAGGGCUGCGUACAUGUAACCGGUGAUGUCAUAGAGCAAAGGGGAGGGCUUAUAGCUGUUACAGAGUAAUGUGGAGAGCAAUGUGAUUUUAUCAAAGAUUUGAUCUCAGUACAGUAAUUGUAUGACAGACAAUUAAAGGAACUCUUUAUCUCACGUUUUAGUGUAUUUUUAAUGUAAUAUAUAUCUAAUUUGCAUGCCUGUUUUGUUUCAGUUUGUAAGCCAGUUUGCCCCGAACCAGUCCAGAAAUGCCCCAAACCACAAGGUAGUAAAAACAUGCAAUCAUUUAUUUUACAAUAUAUGUUUAAUCGAAAAUGUAUUUAUUUGCAAUAAAAUAUAAAACAAAUUGUGAUAUAGACUCGACAUAAAGUGCAUCCAAGAAAUAUAGCACAUACUGACAGGGUUUUUCACUAACCUGAGAAUUGUUGAGAAUUUCAGAUUUAAGGGCAAAAUAUUGAAACUAAAAAAAAAAAAUUCUACAAGUCAUGUAUUAAAUCACUUAAAUUUGAAAUUUACUUUCAAUUUUCCUGGGAAUUCUGAUAAUUCUCACUUUAGUGAUAGAAAUACAAGUGAAGUUAUUUGCACAGAGAGGGAUACAAACUAUUAAAGGGACACUCUAGACCCCUGAAGCACUUCAGCUUGCUAAAAAAGCUUUAUGAGUGAAGAGUGUGUCCUCUUUUUUUCAUUUUGAAAAUAGUUCAGAUUUCAGUAGAAAUGUAUACCUUAAUCAAUUAUAUUGGUUACACCCCCUGGCCAUUCAAGCAGACAAAAUAUCCUGUUACUAUCUGGUUUGGUUAGCUUAUUUGUACUGAACUCAAGAGGCGGCAAUUGCCCAAAGCACCUGCCUUGCAAAGACUCAUUGAUCUGCAUUGGGGAGUCUGUGAUUGGACAGUCACAGAAAGUCUGGGCGGGGUUACAAGAGGAGGGCUUGCAAAGGCCGCAGACAAGAGGUCUGCAGGUUUUGCAAGCUGUUUAUAUAUUAAACUUCAAAAAAUGCAUAUUUAAAUACAUACAGGUUUUCAUUUGUGGUAUAUCUACUAAACAGUGAGUUUUAUUUAUUUUGUAUUUUGGCAGUGGAGUGUCCCUUUCAGGUCAAAAUAGCUCCCCAAGUCAGCUAUAUUUCCAGUUUAGCUAUUUUGGUUUAAAAUAUUAUUCAUUUAUUGUUGAAUUAGCUUUAAAUGCCCUACAAUUCUCACUUUAGUAAAUAAUCCUGUUGCUGUAACCAAUAUCAGUGAUUCCCAUAUGAAAUGGGACAUAAAAGGUUUGCUUUUUCUGUAAAUAUACUUAUACUAUGUGGUUUAGUCCAAUACAGAAGUUUGCCAACAAUUCAUAGAAACAUAUACAACAAUAGGACAAAUAAUGUGCUCUGUUUUUUUUUUAUUUUUUAGUAUAUAUAUAUUUAUCAAUACACAGUAUUUAUCUAUGUAAUGUAUUUGUCUAUAUCUUUCACUAUAAAGUGUUUGUUAAGGUUAUUUAGGAUAUGGAGGUCAAUACAUACAUUGUUACCUCUUUUAAAGAAAGACUAUAGGAAUACAAACCUGUAUUUGUAACGCUAUAGUAUGACGCUAUAGUGUCCCUCUAUGGCCCCCCACCUAUUGAUUAAAAUCAUGAAGACAUCCAACGUUCUUUGACAGACUUAUACUCUGUAAGAAUGCAGGAAGUCCCUCUAAUGGCUGUAGAGGCUGCGUUAUCCCUGCAGUGUAAACAUUGCAGUUUCUCCAAAACUAUUUUACGUUGCAGGCUAAGGAGACAGGGACGCUGCACCCAGACCACUUCAAUGAGAUGUAGUGAUCUGGGUGCCUAUAGUGUCUCUUUAAUGGGCAUUGUUAUAUGGGUGGUCACCAAUCAAAUGAUUCUUUCAGUAUAUUAUUCGAGAUUACUCCCAGCACCAUAACUACUUCAGUCAUUUGAAGUGGUCAUGGUGCCUCGAGUCUGUAUGUGCAAAUAAAAAGUUCAAUCCCUUUGCUGACGGAGUCGCAUAAUUGUGAUAUCAUUAGCCAGAUAGUUCAGCAUGGCUACUGUCAAUAUUUGAUGUCUGAUGUCAGCAUGCUGGUGACAGGUGGCUAUCACUGCUCCUCCGUGUGGCUCAGACCUCUCCUCAGUCCCUCCCUUAUUUACUUCCCCCCAGCAAGGGGAAGUGACAUAAAUGGAGAAGGAUAGUGUUAAGGGGAGAACUUUGCCUCGGUACAAACGAAUGGAAGUAGGUUUUAGCUUUAGUUGGUAAAAAAUUUGAUUUUUAUGUAAAUGUACAAAGUAAAAUAUUUAUGUUUUUCUUUUCCAUAUUUCUUUCUUAAAGAACCAUGCAAGCCAACCCCACAGUGCCCACAAGAACAGCACUGCGUGAAGAAGUGAUGACUAAGCGUUCUAAACCCUCUUUCAGAUCUAAUGGAACUUCUCAAUAAAAUAUUGGAUUAGCCAAUUAAUUAGUUAUGGAAAUUUGAAAACUCAUGUCAUUAUAAACACAUUACAUCUGUUUAUCGUAAAUUAUCCAUUAAAUGGCAUUUGUGACAAUGCGUAAUGAGACACGCAUCUAAUUAUAAAUAAAAUGAUGUCACUUGAAAAUACAUUUAUGGUUCAUUGUUUUAAUUAUAGGAUCAGAAGGAGGU